UUCACGCCUUAGCUUCUUUGUAUGAGAGACAAUAUGAGAGCAACUUGGGGUGCAACUCUCUUCCUCUUGAUUUUCAUUGUAGCAGUGGUUAAUCUUGAUGCUAGAGAGAUAAUCCGUGGCAAUGGUGAUCAUGGUGUAGCUGAUGAUAAACACUUUUUGUAUGGUCCUAGGCAUGGCUUUGGUGGGGGUCUGGGUCAUGGAAUUUACAGUAGAGGCCCGUUUAGGCAUGGAGGGUUUGGAAGGGAUGGUGGUUUAGGUGGUGGCGCUGGUGCUGGUGCUGGCUUUGGUGGUGGUGCUGGUGGUGGAGCUGGCGGUGGCCUUGGUGGUGGUGCUGGUGGUGGACUAGGUGGUGGUGGUGGACUUGGAGGUGGUGCUGGUGGUGGACUCGGUGGUGGUGGUGGACUUGGAGGGGGUGGUGGUAUGGGUGGAGGUGCCGGUGUCGGUGGUGGUAUUGGUGGUGGUGCUGGAGGUGGUGGCGGUAUAGGUGGUGGAGGAGGUGCCGGUGGCGGUGGAGGUAUUGGUGGUGGUGCUGGAGGUGGUGGAGGUGCCGGAGGUGGUUUUGGUGGUGGUGCUGGAGGAGGUGGUGGUAUAGGUGGCGGUGGUGGAAUUGGUGGUGGUGGUGGAGGAGGAGGUGUAGGAGGUGGUGGUGGCUUUGGUGGUGGAGCGGGGGCCGGCGGUGGGGUUGGCGGUGGAGGUGGAUUUGGUGGUGGUGGUGGUGGUGGAGGGUUCGGCGCCGGUGGAGGUGUAGGUGGUGGUUUUGGAGUUGGUGGAGGGUUUGGUGCCGGUGCCGGUGCCGGCAUUGGUGGUGGUGAUGGCGGUGGUGGAGGUUUUGGUGGUGGUGGUGGUGGUGGUCGUUGA